AAGAGUUCCUGCAGAGCUGCUGCAGUGUUUCUGGGUCUGCUGUGUCUUCUCCUCCUGGCUGGACUCAUAACUCUGGUUUUCCUCUACAUCCAAGGCAGGUCUGAGUGGGAAAAGGAGAUGGUGCAGAUACAGACCAAUAACAACAACCUGACAGAACAAUUAGAGCAGCUACAGACCAGUUACAACAACCUGACUAGAGAGAGAAAUGAGUUAAACAACAGUUACAACAACCUGACUGAAAAAUUAGACCAGCUACAGACCAGCUACAACAUCCUGGCUGAAGAACAAGACCAACUUCAAAAAAGGUUUGAAGAGAUGAACACUGAGAGAAAAGAUUUUCAAAGAAUGAUUCAAGACAAACGUCACUGUGGCCACUGGAGAAGUUUUGGCUCCAAAUAUUACUACAUAUCCUCUGAGCAGAAGACCUGGGAGGAGAGCAGAGAGGAUUGUCGGCAGAAAGGAACUGACCUGGUGAUCAUCAAUAGUGAAGAGGAACAGAUGGCGAGGGUUCUCCAUAAAGAGCAAUCUGAGAUCCAUGUGGACUACGUCAAUGCACCUAAUCAAUUGGCCAGAGGCUCCCCCUCAAAGAACCACACAGGUAAAGACAGUGCAGUGAUCUCUGCCGUGUCAGGAAGAAAACUCUACAGACUGGUUGGUGUGAGCUUUGGACUCCUGUGUAUCCUCCAAAUUGCUCUCAACAUUUCCCUGCGACUUACUCUCUCUCUUUCAGACAGACCUGAUAAUAAGACAUCAGGUGUUGAAGUCAAUUGCAAAAUUCUGGCUGAUUCUGAUCACUAUUUUAAACAAGGAUGGGUGUAUUUCCGACCUAGUUUCUAUUACAUUUCCUCUACAAAGAAAUCCUGGCAAGACAGUAGAGAUGACUGUCUGCGGCGAGGUGCAGACCUGGUGAUUAUCAACAGCAGAGAAGAACAGGACUUUACAAGAAAAUUUCACAGGAUCAGCUGGAUCGGAUUGACUCUCAGAGAGACAAAGGGAGAGUGGAAAUGGGUGGAUGGCACUCCACUGACCAAAAGCUACUGGGGCUCUGGUGAACCCAAUGAUUAUGAAGGCAAAACUGAAGACUGUGUAGAAAUAAAGUUCCAUGAUGAGGAAAACAGCUGGAAUGACAUACCAUGUGGAGAUCAAAACUUCUGGAUCUGUGAAAAGACAGUGGCUCUAUAAGUCAGCAUAUAAACCCAAAGCUGAAAUCCUCUUCAUGUCCUAA